UCGCACAUUUUCGACACGUCAACAACAAGCCUUGUUGAGGUAUCUGAAGGUGUGUUAAAUGUUUCCCUCCCUGGAUUUGCUAAUAUGUAGGUAUUUAGAGGGCUAGAUUGUAGCCACAGACGCGUUCCGGCCGCAAGCCUUCCUCUCGGCCCUGAUUUGGAAUAGCUUACGAUUCAGUAAAUGCAUAAAGAAGGAUGCCGUGCUCAAGUUUACAAGUACUUCCCGAUCGUACCUAAGCAUUCUAACCUAUAUACAUACUAUUAUAUAAUAUUCUGAUGGAUAUAAAUUUCCUAUUAAUAACUCCAAUACUCCAAUAUAAAAUCUUACAAGAUGCGGUAGAGAGGAACUCAAUUAAAAAUGUCAUCCACAUCCCGGAGAUAUCACCACAAGAGUCGGGCCGGAUGUACCACAUGCAAAGCCAAAAAGGUCAAAUGCGACGAGAAACAACCAUGCUCCUACUGCGCCAAGAGACAGCUUCCGUGUAGCUUAGUACCGGCGUCGCUACCCGGGAGCAGACCGGACUCAAAUACGCCGGAAGUGAUCGUCCGGCCUUACGAGGAGCCGUCUUUUACCUUUACCGACUUCGGUCUGUAUCAACACUUUAUCAAGUCUACUUCUACCGCGCAGGCCGACGAUAGCGCAUCGAUAGCGGUCUGGCGAGAGUUCAUCCCUGAUCUCGCGACGCGGCAUCCUUAUCUUCUCCACGAGGUCCUCGCGGUCGCGGCGCUGCACCUCCGAUCCGCUACACCGGAACAUGCGAAAUUUCUAGAGCGCGUGGCUACCGAGCACCAGGCUAGAGCUAUUCCCCUGUUUCGGGAAGCCUUGGCUGCUAGUUCGGCUGAGACGGCCCUCCCGCUGUUUGCUUGCUCGUGCUUGUUCAUACCGUAUCACUUCGCUGUCGCAAAGGACGCCUUGUCGCUUCUUUUCAACGAGGAGGCCGGGUCUCUAGCCGAAUGGCUGGUUUUAAUCCAUGGAACUGCAGCGGUCACCAUAGAACACGGUCCUACUGUUAUGAAAUCCCCUCUACGUGCGCUUCUGGGAGAUCUAUCUUCGCCUAAACCCGAAGAACUGAGCGGCGGACCUACAGACGCGAGGCUUCUCCGCUUGAGCGAGGAACUCCCCAUCGCGCCCGAGCACAAAGAAGCGUACGCGCAGGUCAUGUACAAGCUUCGUCUAAGUUUCUACUUGUCAGACCGGGCGGACACGGCGCUCAAUCGGAAGAACGCUGCUCUCAGGUUCCCGCCUUUUAUGAAUCAGCAGCGGAUCGGGGAUGAUCUUGCCGCGAGACAUCCGGCGGCACUUAUCAUCAUGGCGUUUUGGUGCGUCUUGCUGCAUCGGGUGGAGGAUAGGUGGUGGCUGAAGGAAAGGGUCAAACCGCUGCUGGUGAAGAUUGAGGAGUUGGUGCCGCCGGAGUAUAGAUAUCUUAUGGCUUGGCCUAUGGAGGAGGUGGGGAUUUAUAAGAAAUUGAACUUGGAGGUUUUAGUUGUGAGAUAGAUGGAAGAUUUGAAUAUUAAAAGGUAUAGAAAGUAGAAAGUUC